AUGACAUCUAUAAUUGCAAUGAUCACUUGUGGAGAAGAAAUCAUUUCCCCCCAAGAACUCAAAGUUACAAAUAUCAAAUCACUGCAGAACGAAGUGUUUCUGAAUGAUGUUUUCUAUGAAUGUAAAAACAUCUUGGCUCAAGAAGCAGCAACAACAGCUAAAUCAUCACCGUUAUAUGAAGUCUUAAGUUUUAGUUUCCUGAUGGUUACAACAGAUGAAAACACAGUCGUAAAGGAGAACGUCCAUCCAUCAUGUCAAAUCCCAAAAAGCAUGAGCGCUGAUAGUUUAAACUAA